AAAAGAAGAUGAAGACAGAGGAUAACAUUUCCUUUCACUCUGAAUCCUAAACCUACCAAUCCACCCAUCUAUCAUUGAUACAAAAUCUCUCUGUUUCUUCCUUCUUCAUCUCUCCAUCUUUAUCAUCUGAUUGCUUUGAACAUCCAAACCUCCCAAGGCUUCAUUUUCAUUUUUCUAACUAUUCAAAGGUGUUGUAAAAGGUUGAUAAGCAUGGAUGCUGAUUCAUGGAGUGCUCGUCUCUCUUCUGCGUCAAGGCGCUACCAGUCUGCUCUUCAAUCGCGAUCCGAUAUGUUCAUGGGGUUUGAAGAAAUAGAUGGAGAUGAUGAUAUAAGGGAGGAAUUUCCCUGCCCAUUCUGCUCAGAGUACUUUGACAUUGUUGGCUUGUGUUGCCACAUUGAUGAUGAGCAUCCUGUGGAAGCAAAGAAUGGGGUUUGUUUGCAGGUUUGUCCAGUUUGUUCAAUGAGGGUGGGGGUUGAUAUGGUUGCACACAUAACUCUACAACAUGGAAAUAUAUUUAGGAUGCAGCGCAGGAGGAAAACACGUAGAGGUGGAUCUCACUCAACACUUUCUUUGUUGAAGAAAGAGUUUCGGGAGGGAAAUCUACAGUCCCUUUUUGGGAGUUCUUGUAUAAUUUCCUCAUCUAAUGCAGCUCCAGAUCCAUUAUUAUCUUCAUUUAUCUUGCCUGUGUCUGAUGAUUCUGUUAGUGUCCAGUCUCACUUAUCUUCUGCAACAAGCUCAGGCAAGAAAAACUCUAAUGAGAAGGUUUUAGAACGUGACAGAAAUGUCCAGCCAACUCCUGUGUCCCUCAAGGAUCGGGAAGAGAAGGCGAAAAGGUCUGAGUUUGUUCAAGGGUUGUUGUUGUCCACCAUUCUUGAUGAGACGAUGAUGCAGCAGGGGACUUGAAAUUCACUUCUGCAAAACCCUGCAGUCUAUGGUUUGUUUGUAGUAAUAUGCCUAUGUAUUAAGCGCAGUGUUUGAAUAAGGUGUAGUAGAAUGAGUGUAAUUUAUGUUGCAACAAUAUGUUACUUAUUAGGCCUAAACAGACUUCAAUUUCAGCUUUCAUCUUUGGAUCAUAUAAUUUUAGAAUCAAAGAGCAAAAAGAAAAAUAAUUUAAACCCA